AUGAAUAGAUUGAUAAAUCGUUGUAUUGAUAGAUUGAUAAAUUGCUACAUUGACCGUAGAGCAUGUCGCGGUCGUCGAGCGCGUCGGAGCCGGCGGCGGGGCGGGCGGGGCGGGCGGGGGCGGUCGGCGCGCGCGGGGCGGGAGGGGCGGGCGGAGGCCACGGUGUCCAGCCGGCUGGAGAUCCGCGUGCGGCCGCCGGCGCCCGACGCCGCCUCGCCGGCGCUCGCGGGGAACACCGUGAAAAUCCACUCAGUGGUGAGCGGGGGUGAGGUGAGACUCAACCAUGAUGAAGCGUCUGUGUAUUAUGACGCUACCGAGCACCAAAGAGAUAAACGCAGGUCUUCGACGAGGAGCGGGGAGAAGAGCCAGAGUCCCGCAAUAGAGAGGACUCGCCUGGACGCUAUACCUGAUAGAAGUACGUCAGCGGCGCGCGGCGCGGGCGGCGACGGGACGCACAGCUUGAGAGAUAGAUCAACCAGCAGCACCUCGCGCAUCCCGGUGGCGAGCCCCGCGCACCCCCCGCACCCCCCGGCGGGGGGCGCGCACCCCCCGGCGGCGGCGGGGGGCGCGCACCGCCUCGCCAAGUGCGCGUCGUGGAGCGGCGACCCCCCGCUGUCGCCGGACACCACCCCUCACACUGCGGACCUCACCCCCGCAUUAAGACGAAGAAGACAGAACGCGGCAGACAAAUACGCGGCGGACCCCGCCAGGGACCUCAACCUGCGCUUCGCGCGCCCGCGCCGGCGACACCCGCCGCAUGCCAGCGCAACAAGCCGCUGCCGGAGUGUAACAAUCGGCUCCUCCCCACCCCCCGGCUCUUCCUCCUCCUCCGGCUCGCCGCCUCCCGCGCCCCCCGGCGGGCCCCCGGGCCCCCUCGCCGGGCCCCCCGCGCCGCCCGCCGGGCCCCCGCUGCACAACGCGGCGCGCGCGCGCCGGUUCAGACCCAGCAAGGACGGGAAGGAGGAGCUGCCGGCCCCCGUGUACAGUGCUGUCGUCUGUAACGCUGAUUGUGAGGUUCCGGACACAGACUGUGACGAAGCAUCGAAACAUCUG